GGGUGGAGCAGCCUUGACCAGGUGCGCGCGCGCGCGCGCGUGUCUGGAGUGACGAUAAAGGAGCAGGCGAGUCGGGAGGAUCCAAUGGGUAGAGUGGUUCGGCCAGGUUUUUAGGUGGGCAGUGCGUAAGGCCGCUCUGGGCACGAGGGCGCCCAUCUCGCUGGCCCGCUCGAUUCCCCGAGCAGAUCCGGGGCAGGAAAAGAGCGCCGGGUCAGGGGCCGCUGCCGCCGCUGCCGCUGCCGCCGCUCCCGGGGGACUCUACCCGCCAGCCCGCAAGCCUGCGCUUUGCGGGCCCAGCUACUCAGGAUCAGAUCAACCAACGGCUUACCCUCUUACAGAGUCAGCUGAAAGUGACUUACCAAGUUUCUUCAAGAUGCCUGCAGCACUUGUGGAGAAUAGCCAAGUUAUCUGUGAAGUCUGGGCCAGCAAUCUAGAAGAAGAGAUGAGGAAGAUCCGAGAAAUUGUGCUCAGUUACAGUUAUAUUGCUAUGGACACAGAAUUUCCAGGUGUUGUGGUACGACCAAUUGGUGAAUUUCGUAGUUCCAUAGAUUACCAGUAUCAGCUUUUACGGUGUAAUGUUGACCUUCUAAAAAUUAUCCAGCUGGGCCUUACAUUCACAAAUGAAAAGGGAGAAUAUCCUUCUGGAAUCAACACUUGGCAGUUCAACUUCAAAUUUAACCUUACAGAGGACAUGUACUCCCAGGAUUCCAUAGAUCUCCUCGCUAACUCUGGACUGCAAUUUCAGAAGCAUGAAGAGGAAGGGAUUGACACAUUGCACUUUGCAGAGCUGCUUAUGACAUCAGGGGUGGUUCUCUGUGACAACGUCAAAUGGCUUUCGUUUCAUAGUGGCUAUGAUUUUGGCUACAUGGUAAAGUUACUUACGGAUUCUCGUUUGCCAGAAGAGGAACAUGAAUUCUUUCAUAUUCUGAACCUUUUUUUCCCAUCCAUUUAUGAUGUGAAAUACCUGAUGAAGAGCUGCAAAAAUCUUAAGGGUGGUCUUCAGGAAGUUGCUGAUCAGUUGGAUUUGCAGAGAAUUGGAAGGCAACACCAGGCAGGCUCAGACUCGCUGCUGACAGGAAUGGCGUUCUUCAGGAUGAAAGAGUUGUUUUUUGAGGACAGUAUUGAUGAUGCCAAAUACUGUGGGCGGCUCUAUGGCCUAGGCACAGGAGUGGCCCAGAAGCAGAAUGAGGAUGUGGACUCUGCCCAGGAGAAGAUGAGCAUUCUGGCUAUCAUCAACAACAUGCAGCAGUGAUGGUGUCGAGGCUCUGUAGGGCGGGCCUGAUCCCAGAGUGGUGCUUCUCUGCUGACUGAGUACUUCCCUUCCUCCCCAAGAGAAAACGCUUCUUUUGAGCAAACUGUACUUACCAUCCGCGUUGAAAGACUUUUGUUGUAUUGAAGACAAAGGUGUCUUUAUUUUAGAUCCAGAAGAGGGGAGUUGACUCUGAAUUUGUAAACAAGUCUUCCCUAUUCCUCAUCCCCAAGCCUGCCUCCAGUUGCUUCCUGCCACCAGCAUCCAUGGCUCAUUUGACACCUUUUUAAAUAUCCAGGACAAGUCAGAAAGACUAGUAAAAUAUAUAUAUAACUCUUUAUCUGUUGUCAUCCUUUUUUUUUUAAAGUCUUGCUGCUCUCUGAGGAUGAAGACUUUUUGAUGGGAUUCUCAGCUGAGCUGAGGGUUUCCAGGGAAAGUGGAACAAAAUGGGUGUUUUGUGAAUUGGUUUAGAGAUGUCUUUUCCUUCUUCUUUUUUUUUUUUUUGAAUCUUUCUCUAGUCCUUGCUUUCCUCACACUUUGUUAGUCUUUCAUUAUAUGCUAUUAUGUGGAAAUGAAUUACUCAGUGCUGAAAUUUUGAAGACCAGAUAAUGAAAACUUUUAUUAAAAACAAAAUUCUUCUGAAUCUGUUUACCCUUUAUUCAUGAGGAACUCCAGAAUUGAUAAUGGGUAUUAAGUUAACCACUUUAUGUGUCUUUAAGUCUGUGUUCCAUUGUGCCACUGAGAUUUGCUGUCACAUGUCUAUCUUUUGCAAUCAUUUUAAGUCUUAAUAUAAUAAAAUAUCCUAUAUUUGUUCCUGAACGAAUUAAGAUCAGAAUUUUGGACCAUAACUCUUAUAUUUUCAGUAAUGCGAUUUCAGAUGGUCUUUUGUAUUUUUCCACGUCUCUUUGUUCUCCCUGCUUUUCCUUUUGGCAAACCUGAGGAGAAGUUAGGGAGACUGAUGAUGUGAGUACCAGGAAUGUGAGUCUUUGAAAAGUUAAUAGUGGUACAUGUAAACAGGGCAGUAAGGAAUUUGGUUAGGGUUCUCUUGGAGUAAUAUCCCACAACUGGGGUAGGAAGCUCAGGACUGUGAUUUUUUUUUUUUUCCUUAAACUAGUCAUUUAAAAAGUACAUUAUAUUGUUUUUUGAAUGACUACAGUACGGACAAUUUAGAAAAACCAAAAACCCCUUUGAAAUAUGAAAACUGGUAACUCACUGAAGUGGAUGAAUAUUCUUACAUUUUAAAAGCUUAUGGAAAACUCAAUUUCACAUGAUUCAAAAAUGUCAAGUAUUAUAAGCUGGUAUUUAAGAUGCUUGUAAAUAUUAUUUAUGUUUUUAAUUUUGUAAAAUAAAGAUUUCUUUUUAACCACUGGCA